CUUGGGGCUCCCCUUUUCAGCGCGGUGCAGUGGCGCGAGCUCUCUUGACGCCUCAGUCAACGGGCGUCCGGUGCCUCCAAAAGACUGCCCGGUGCACAGUUGCAGGUACUACAAGUACCUACGUACAUAGGUAGGUACCUUAUGUUAGCUGCCUUAUUAACUUGGCAUGUACAGUAUACGCGUCUGUGGCUCUUGCCUCUGCUACCAGCUGCCAACUUGAAGUGGUCCGGUCUUGCAGUACGUACCCCUCCUUGUACUCCGCGUUCUGCGCGCCACACAGGCUCCGUCCUGCGCCACCUCCGCUCUAGCGGUGCGGAAGGAACCUACUAAAGCUACGAGGUACUUCGGCUACGUACCUUCGCCUUCGUACCUGCCUUGCCUGGGAGACGACAAGAAAGGGAAGGCGGCAACCCGGGCGAGCGACUCCACUCCGCCUUCCGACGCUGCGGGCGAACUACUUCGUACCAGGUGCGAAAUGAAGCGCGCCAACCUCGCCGGCCAUCCGAAAUCCUUCUACUCCGUGCAUCUUUGAAGCCGUCCAUCAUCUGUAGCGCCAGGUCGCAACGCACGCAUCGCGUCGCUUCGCACCGCAUUGCACCGCAUCAUAUUUCUCACUCUUUAAGCGCCUCCGUCCUGUCCAGCGCCGCGCGGCUGCUGCGCACUGUCAUGGUCGGCUCCUGUCCUCCGACUUGCGACUCGCCCACGCCGUCACCAGCAUCGCCACCAGCCCAAUGAUAUCACCAUCCGCACACCACAACCAUCACUCAAGGCGCGCGGCAUUCGCCUCCCCAGUCGAGCCUAUCGCAAGCCGCUCCCGUCCGAGUUCGCAUCGUCCACGCUGGCAGCCUCGCCGUCGCUCGCGAUGAUGGUGACGUUGGCGACUGCGACGACGACUCCCGCCAUCACAGGCGCCCCGACGGUGACCACGCCCACCCCCUCGGCGAGCCCGACCUCGUCCGGAACUCCCGGCGACCCCGGAGAGGUGCUCAAGAACUGGUCUUCCCUCAUCGGCAUCGUUACCGCCAUUGUCGGCAACGUCCUCAUCGCGCUGGCCCUCAACGUUCAGCGCUAUGCACACACGAGACUGCACAAGGAGCGUGUUCGCGUCCGCCAACGAGCGCGAGCUGCUCUGAAGCGGGCGCAAAGUGGCAGUAACACCACCAGCGAAAACGCGGGAGCAUACGGCGCCAUUGGAGCUGACGUUGCUGGGCGGGGCAAUGGCCGUGCCUCUGGAGUUGCCGCAUAUCGAUCCAACGGCGGCGACGGUCCCGAUGAUAACCACGGCGACCACGAGACGGACCCUCUUGCUGCCUCGUUCCAGUCUUCCUCUACUACAGAUGUCGAGAGCGGCCCUGAUCCCACCGUAAAGGCCGCGUCGACGUACCUCAAGUCGCCGUACUGGUGGCUGGGCCAGAUCCUCAUCACCCUCGGCGAGACGGGCAACUUUCUCGCCUAUGGCUUUGCCCCAGCUUCCAUUGUGUCGCCUCUGGGCGUUGUCGCCCUCGUUUCCAACUGCAUCAUUGCUCCAGCCAUGUUUCAUGAGAGGUUCCGCGCCCGAGACUUUUGGGGCGUCGUCAUCGCCGUGGCCGGUGUCGUGACAGUCGUCCUAAGCGCGAACCAGGAGGAGACCAAGCUCGAGCCGCACGACGUGUGGGACGCAAUCACCACCAUGGAAUUCGAGAUUUACAUGGCCGUGACGGUUCUCCUCAUCAUGGUCCUCAUGUGGGCCAGCCCAAGAUACGGGAGACGCACAAUAUUGAUAGAUCUGGGGCUCGUAGGCCUCUUCGGAGGCUAUACUGCCCUGGCGACAAAGGGCGUCUCGUCCAUGCUGUCCUCCACCCUCUGGAGGGCCUUUGCCACUCCCGUCACCUACGUCCUUGUUCUCAUUCUGCUCGUCACCGCUGUGAUGCAGAUUCGCUACGUCAACAAAGCGCUGCAGCGUUUCGAUUCGACCCAAGUCAUUCCCAUACAGUUCGUGCUUUUCACUCUCUGCGUCAUCUUGGGAAGCGCCAUCCUGUACCGCGAUUUUGAAAAGACCACGGUCGAGCAGGCGGCCAAGUUUGUUGGUGGCUGCCUGCUCACCUUUUUUGGCGUCUUUCUCAUCACCAGCGGGAGGAAGCCGCAGGAUGAUGAAGACGAAGAUGUGCUUUCUGAGGCGGAGGGCAUCGAGGAGACUAUCGGCUUGAGGCCACACGAGGUCAAUGGAGGUGGCCUGGCACACGAAGCUCCCUCUCCAAAGUCGCAAUCGCGCAGGUCCAGCAAGCUUUCGCGGGUCAGCUUCGCUGCAACCAUCAAGCACAAGUCCCCUCCCCCUGCUAGCGAACCCGACAUCGUAAGGGUCACCAGCUCAGCCGCUGCAAGCGUCCCGGAUCUGCUUGGCGACCUGUCCUCACCACUGGUUGAGAACCCGUGGCAAUCAUCCUGGGACUCUUCUGCUUCGUCCCCGGGCGGCAACAGGGCGUUCCCCGCGGAAUCCGCGGCCACGCCCUCCGUCAUUGCCUCCACGCCGACGCAAUCAUCCCCAAGCACGCCGCAGAAGGAGCCCGCCGCGCCCCCUGGCUACCCUACAGAUCGACCAGUCACUCCACGGCCCAGCUCUGCACUCGCGCGGGCCGCCAGCCAUCACCGCUCCAAAACGUUCAUAUCACCGUCCCCGCUCUCGUCGACGGUUACGACCGUGGUCAAGGACGGCUUCCUGCGGGAGAACGACAACCCGCUGGCGCAGCGGUCAUCGAUGCGCCGCAUCCGCUCCAGCAUCCGCGCCAGUCUGUUCUUCAACGAAGAUGAUGAAGAUAACAGUGAGGGCAACAGGCCGGGUCAGUCGGCCAUUCCCGCUCUGGACGACCAGGCCCAUGCCGCGCUGCACAGGCAGGAGAGCGCCGGGUCCCACGGCGAGGCUGAAGACACCGGAAGAAGAAGAUCACGGAGCGUCAGCGACGCUCUCGGCGAUUUCUUCCGCACCAGGAAGAAGAACAAGAAAGAGUCGCAUGAGGCUCUUGCGACGGGAGGUGCUGCCGAUGCCGACACAAGCCACAGCGGGCCAUCAUGACGACGGCUACUACCACCAUCACACGCUUUGCCACCAACACCCCCCUCAUUUCUUUGCCUAUAUUCGUCACCGACGCGGGCCGACCAUGAUGAAAGGAAAGUAGCGGUCAACAGUGCAUGUCACGAAUUGGAUCGCCCCAGGAUGCGCGCGCGCAAUCCAAUAAUUAUUGAUAACAUGUCAAUGGGCGCAUGUUGUCGUGCGCCUGGGCCUCAAGGGCUAAGUGCUUCAGCCAGUUCACAUUGGGAGUGAGAAGCGGAACGCCAGCGGAAGCCGCCACGAGCAGAGUUGGUGUUUUGAGCACGAAUUGCAAGGCGUUGUUGGACGGGUUUGAUUUUCUGCUUUUUCGCAUUCCUUUCUGUUCUUGUUCUUUCCAUAUCAACGAUGCCGGUAGACUUGUUGUCCAGGGCUGGCUAUUUUGGCAAGAGCAUCUCACGUUGGAUCUGUCGUUGAGCGCCACAUGUUUGCACUCAUGUACAUACGUAGAGACCUAGGCAGCGCCUGCAUCUGGUGUGGGUGCUCGUACAUACGUAUGUACUACGUUCCUAAUCGAGAAGACGGGC